UCUGCAAAAGGGUUUCUUUUGAAAGAAAAUUUCUCUGUUUGGUUACCAAGAAAAUGUGAGAAAAGCAGAGGAAAAUGAAAGAUUUUGCUGUGCUGUCAGAGUUUUUAUCAUUUGGGACGCGACAAAAUUGAAACCUAUGGCGAGAUGGGAUGAGAUUCUGUCCCUUCCUGUACAGAAUCCUCCAACCUUGGAGUUUUCUUCUGCUGACCUUGUGUGGUCAAAGGUGGAAGGUUGGCGUGACAAAACUAAUAGAGUUGUUCUAAUCCCCUUUGCUAGAGUAGAUGAUUUUGUUCGGGGUGAAUCAGCAAAUAAAGACUGUCCAACGAGAUUUCAUGUUGAGGCAAGGCGGCGACGGCCUCCAGAGAUGGCUUACAAGCCAAAAGUUGAUGGCAUUCUUGAAUAUAUUCUGUAUUGGUGUUCUUUUGGUCCUGAUGACCACAGGAAGGGUGGCAUUGUACGACCCAGUAGGACUACUUAUGUCCCAAAGAAGAAAAAUGCUGGCCGGCCAAAUACUAAGAGAGGGUGCACCUGCCACUUUAUCGUGAAACGCUUAAUUGCUGAACCAUCAGUAGCGCUCAUCAUAUAUGACGACGAUAAGCAUGUAGAUAAGAAGGGGUUGCCAUGCCAUGGUCCACAGGACAAGAAGGCUGCUGGAACACGUGCUAUGUUUGCCCCAUAUAUCUCAGAGGACCUCCGUUUGCGUGUCUUAUCUCUACUAUAUGUUGGGGUUUCUGUGGAGACCAUAAUGCAAAGACACAAUGAAUCAGUAGAGAGACAGGGUGGGCCUUGUAACCGUGAUGACCUUUUAACCCACCGGUAUGUUCGGAGACAGGAGAGGAGCAUCCGACGUUCUACAUAUGAACUGGAUGCAGAUGAUGCAGUCAGCAUCAGCAUGUGGGUUGAGAGCCACCAGGAUCAUGUUUUCUUUUAUGAAGAUUUCUCUGAUUCCGAACCUAUCACUUUGGGCAUUCAAACAGAGUGGCAGUUGCAACAAAUGAUUCGAUUUGGCAACCGCAGCCUUCUGGCUUCUGAUUCAAGGUUUGGAGCAAACAAAUUAAAGCAUCCCAUUCACAGUCUUGUUGUAUUCAACUCAGACAACAAGGCUAUUCCUGUGGCUUGGAUAAUAGCACCAAGGUCUGCUAGUUCAGAUGUGCAUAGAUGGAUGAGGGCUCUUUACAACAGAGUUCGCACAAAAGAUCCUACUUGGAAGUUGGCUGGGUUCAUUGUGGAUGAUCCGCUAGCUGAUGUCCUUACAAUCAGGGAUGUGUUUGAGUGCUCGGUGUUGAUAUGCUUUUGGCGGGUCCGUCAUAUAUGGCAUAAAAACUUAGUAAAGAAAUGUUUGGCAACUGAGAUGCUAGUGGAGAUUUCAAGACGGCUUGGGCAGGCAGUGGAUAAAAUCUGCCAAGGACAAGGAACCAUUGGCUUGUUUGAGGAUCUAUUGGAUGAUUUUAUCGAUGAGUCAGAUUUUACAGAUUACUUUAAAGCAAUAUGGUAUCCGAGAAUGGGAGCAUGGAUUGCAGCGCUAAAAUCUCUUCCACUUGCCAGCCAGGAGACAUGCGCAGCAAUGGAGUUUUACCACAACCAAUUAAAGCUCAGGCUUUUGAAUGAGAAGGACCCUGGUGUUUAUCAACGUGCCGAUUGGUUGGUUGAUAAGUUGGGUACAAAAGUGCAUUCUUACUUCUGGCUUGAUGAGUACUCAGGGAAGGAUGAUUUUUCACGAUAUUGGAGAGAUGAGUGGGUGAGUGGUUUAACAUCUUGGCGCAAAGCAUUAAAGAUUCCAGACUCUGAUGUUGUCAUAGAAGGUAGAUGUGCAAAAGUUGCUGACCAGCUUAAUCAAGAUAAAGCUUACGUUGUCUGGAAUCCUGGUUCGCAAUUUGGUAUUUGCAAUUGCAGUUGGGCAGAAAUGGGCAAUUUGUGUGAGCAUAUGUUAAAAGUUAUUAACAUAUGCCGUAAACGAGGAUCUACUAUGCCAUCUAUCAGCUUAUUUCAGUACCAGAAGGCAUUGAUUGACCUGCUACACUGCCCUCCCCAUGAUUCUUUGAUUCGUGAUCAUGCUGUCUCUUUAGCAGUUGGUAUACAGAAGCAGUUAAAUGCACUAGUUGAUUUAGAUAGCAGCCAGCCUACUUUAGAUCCCAUUCAGAAACAUACUGUAGAUAACAUUGAGCAGGAAACUGUUGAUAUGGAUUGUAAUAAUCAGGAUAAAGAGUUAGUAAAUGAGAGUAACUGUAUGGAUGAGGAUGUAUCAGCUCAUGAUGAGAAUUGUGAGGAUGUAAAUGAUGUUCCUGACAGUAUUAGAGGUGAUGUGGUUCGAAAAAAUGAAAUGAUUGAUAUGGUUGCCAGCGGAAAUGGAAUUUGUGGUGAGAAUGCUGGAGAAGAAAUUCCUUGUGCUCAGAUGGAUGUUGAGCCAUCAUCCAUCUGUAUUUCCCCACCUAGGUUGUAUUCUGUUGAUGAGGUUGUAGCUAGCAAUGUCUUUUCAGAGGAUGGAGAUAGAGUUUUAACUGAUACGGGAAGCAAGAAUCUACCUCUCAAUGAUGCUCCCAGUGACGGGAAUCAGUUUCAAGAUGAUCUCUUAGAUAAAGAUUGCCAUGAGAGUAUGAUGGAUGUGGAGUCGCAAUCCAUUGAUGGUCCUCCAUCAAGUAGGGAGUUUCUUGUGCAAUGCACAGUGACCCAUCAAAAUGUUCUCCCAUAUAAUGAUGUUGGGUCUACAGUUUGUAGCACUCCUCUUACUGAUCCCAAGACCUCUGCAUCUAUAUCCUUGCCUGUUGAGUCACAGGUGGUUGAUAUGGUUGAAACUUCAGGUGUCAUCAAGGAGAAUGAAGGGAUAGAAUUGAAAAGUACUCAUAAUCACAUUGCAGAUGAUUCUGAUGUUGGUCAUGAUGCAAAGGCAGUUAGCAGCAUGAUGACUGAACACACAGAAUUGUAGCUAAGAUGCUGCUUGGUAUGGCAAGUUACAUCGGGGAACAAUGGCCUUCUCAGGUUUCAGCUCAUGAAUCUGGCUCGUGUGAGAAGCAUUCUUCAAUUGCUUCUUUUUUGAUUGGUGUAAAUUUCACAAGGGUGCUGGAAAUGGAGAAUCUGAUAACAAUGUUAUUUGCCAGCCAAUGUUUUUAGUUGUGUCAACUGUACGGCCGGUGAAGGAACUGUUUCAGAGCCACCAAACACGGGGCAGAUGCUGGUGUUGUGAUUAGCAAUGGCUGAAAGUGGUGCUCCAUCUUAGUCUCUUCAUGUAAAUAUUUCAUCAGUUUAAUUAUAGCAGGAAGGCUGACUCACCUGAUUAGUUGGGGAAUUUUAUAUUUUUGUAAAACCUUUUACCAUUUUUGGGAAGUUGUCAAUAAUGGCCUCUGAUCUUUUAUUUAUGGAGGAGAAAAGAAAUGCCUCUGUUUUGCCCUGGUCA